ACAAUGUGGCCAAGACUGAGGGGGCAGAGCAGAUGGAGUGUGAGCCAUGGUCCCCAGUGGUGACCAGCCCUGCCAUGGGAAACAACGGAUCCCACAGAAGGACCAAAGCACCCAAGCAAGCCCACAAGGAGAGGCCAAGUGACAUGGACAAGGCCUGGUGGAGACAGUUCCUCAGCCACCUCACUCAGAAGAAGCCAGCUACCAGGAUCGCGCUGCUUCUCCCCUUAGACGAAGGGCAGCCGCUGGCCGAGGCUGGGCGACCGGGUGACGACGCAUCAGGCAGCGGGCUGGGCCCCCCGGUGGCGCCCAGGCUGUGCGGCAGCCGGAAGAGGUGUGACCGGUACCUCCCGCGGGGACGGGGACGGGGCCGGGCCCGGGCCGCGCUGAGCUGGCCGCGGCUGCACCCGCGCCUGCGGUCCCCAGGCAAGGCACCCGGUGAGGCCGGCCCCGCCCAAGAGCAGCCACGCAAACAGCACCACUGCCCUCGCUCACGGAUCUAAGCGCCUGGCCCUCCAAUAAAGAGCUUGUGGCAACC